AUCACUACUGUCACUUAAUUUUGCUUCUUCUUCAUGCAUGGCAUGUUACAAAUGAAAUUGUUUAAAAAAUUAUUAUAGUUAUUGAUACAUGGACAAUUAUUUGUUUUUGCUUCAAUAAUGGGUAAGAAGAAUAAGUCUGGUUCAAAAGCCAAUGUAUUUAAAGUAGCAGGAGCUAAAAGUUUGAAAAAAACAAAGGCCAAAGCAGUUAAUUUGGGAUUAAAAAAUAUCAAACAGAAGAUUUUGGAUAUUGAUAAACAAUUCUUAGAAAUAAACAAGAAUCCCAAAUCGAAAGAAAAAGCUAAGCCCGAAGUAAAGCCAGUGCAGAAAAAGCCUGAAAAAAAUAUAACAAAAGAAGAGGUAGCAAAUACUGCUGAACAAAUAGUGAAAAUGGAUUUAUGAGAUAUUGUUAUAUUUACUCUGUAAUAUAUUUAUUGUAAGUUAAAA